AUGUCGCAGGAUACUGGGCUGUUCAGUAUUAAGCGCCCCCGAGAGACUCUGGGGAGCGUCCAGAACUACUCGUCCAUCCCGCAGCCGGCGUCGGCAAUGAAACGCACGAGCUCCAUCGGAUUCAACAAUCCUCCGUUUACAUCGCAGCAUGCGCGCCACUCCCUGUUGAACUCGGCAAGCAGGCCUCAACAACCCAACUUCUCGCGCGCAUCCGUCGGGGGACCUUUCGGUGCUGAAGCCGGUCUCUCAUCCGUUCGCCGGUCCGUCUCGAGCAACAUGUUCCAUGGUGCCAGUGCCGGUCGACAAAGCUUUGCGCCAGGGUCUCUUUCGUCCAAUUCCGCUCCUCAAAAUGUACAACGCCGAAGCAGUGUUUUCUCGCGACCGUCCAUGGCUGGGCCAAUGGGCCACCAGUCUUUCUUUACCCAAGUCCCUACCGUGGCCGGAGUCCCUAGGGACCCUCGACCGCUGCGAGACCGAGCUUACCAAGCGCGCAUUGGUCAAGAGUUAUUGGAGUACUUGACCCAUAACAAGUUUGAAUUGGAGAUGAAGCAUACCUUGGGCCAGAAUACCCUGCGCUCGCCAACCCAGAAGGAUUUCAACUACAUCUUCCAGUGGCUCUACCAUCGCAUUGAUCCAGGCUACAAGUUCCAGAAAGCCAUGGACUCCGAAGUGCCCCCGAUUCUCAAACAGCUGCGCUAUCCUUACGAGAAGGGCAUUACGAAGUCGCAAAUUGCGGCCGUGGGUGGCCAGAAUUGGUCGACCUUCCUCGGUAUGCUACACUGGUUGAUGCAAUUGGCGCAGAUGAUGGACCGCUAUGUGGAGGGUGACUAUGAUGAGGCCUGUGUUGAGGCGGGUGUUGAUAUUAUCGGUGAUCGCAUCAUCUACCGCUUCCUCACUGGCGCCUACCAUGAUUGGCUUCAGGGUGGUGAAGACGAGGAUGACGAUAUGGCCGAGCAGCGCUUGGUCCCGCAUAUCGAAAACAUGUCGCAGGAGUUUGCUCGCGGGAAUGAGCGUUAUGUACAGGAGCUGGAGUCCUUGGAGGCCGAGAACCGGGCUCUCCGUGAACAGAUCGAAGAAUUGGAGAAGAACGCACCCGACAUGGCCAAAUUGGACAAGCAUUUCCGAAUCCUGGAGGACGACAAGCGAAAGUUCGAGGACUACAACAACAACGUCAAGGGGAAGAUCGAGAAAUAUGAAGUCCGCAUUAAAUUCCUCGACACUGAAAUACAGAAGACCGAUGCCGAGCUGCAGGAGAGUGAGGCGGAACGCCUCGAUCUCCAGGCCAGUGUCGACCGACAGGGGAUCACCAUCCAGGACAUCGACCGCAUGAACACAGAACGGGAGCGCCUUCAAAAGAGUCUGGAGGAUACCAUGGUUCGCCUGGAAGAGACCCACGCUCGCGUCAUGGAGAAGGAGGCGGAGGCAAGUCAGAAGUUGGAGGAUCUAGAACAUCUGGUGAAGGCGUACAAUUCUCUCGGCUACCAAACCAGCCUGAUUCCCGAGUCUGCGGAAAAUGCAAAGGGCCAAGACUUCGAGCUAACUCUGAACGUCAACGAGAACAACUUCUCCACGAGCCAAAUUGGCGGCCCACCAAACCGGAUUUCAUCGGAGGGCGAUCGUCUGUUGGCAGAGCCAUUCACCGGCUACCACCCGGCGCAUCUGUUGAAUCUAGACCUUCGGAGCGCGGUCCGCAACAGCCUACAGUCGCUCCGAAAGGAGAUCAACGAGCGCCGAAAACGGGCCAUUGAUGAUGACCUUGACCGCCGCAAUCUACUUGACAAUAUCAAGGAGGCGAUGGAUGAAAAGCGCAGCGAGGUUGAGGCACUGGAACACCGGCGCCGGGCGGCUGAGGAGGAAUUCGACCGCACCAAGGAAAUUACAACCACUCAGAAGACGGCAUCUGACGCCCAGAUUGAGAAGAUGGAGAAGGAGCUUGCCAAGAUGCGGGCGACUCUUAGCGACAGUGUCCAAUUGAUGGAGCAACGUGAGAUGAACACCAACAUCGAGUACGAGCAGCUCACACUUCGAGCGAAUGCCCUCCGUGAGGAACUUCAUACCAAUGUGGAGACGAUGCUCAACGAUGUCAUCCGCUUCAAGGUGCAUGUUCAGAAGGGCCUCGAGGAUUACGAAAGCUUUGUGGUCGACGAAGUGGAGCAAGAGCUUGGUGGCGACAUGUCGGUUGAGGAGGAAGAGCUAUGA